CAAAACGCAGCGUUUCGUUAUCCAGACGCAGGGGUUAUACUGACAUUUCGUUCAGUCGUCUUGCCUUUCCUUGCUUUUAUCAAACUAACGAACAUUUCUAGUAAGAGAGAAGAAGACGUAAGUGGAGGAAGAAGAAGAAUGAUGAUGCAGAAAUGGAGAAGAUCAGGAGAUUUUAUAAGAUUUGGAUGUAAAUCUCUUAGUAAUCUCCGGUCAAAAGAGAACUCAAUGUCUCGUUCUGUUUCAGGCUUUGUGAAUCGUUCCGAGUCAACAAAAGGCAAGAUUUUUGAGCCAAAUGCUGGGAAUUAUCAUAACACAGAGCUUGAUCAUCCAUGUCUUGGUCGAAAUUUGGGGAUAAUGCAGCAGUAUAAAUGUUUUGGGUCAUCAUCAGCUUCAAAAGUUCAGAGAAACUUUUUGUUUUCUACUGCUUAUGUUGAUUGUUGUGAUCAUAAACGUGACAAAUUUGUGGCAUCUUUGCAGGUAAUCAUCAAUGUUGGUUUGAUGAAUAAAGUCUUGGCCUUUGAUGAGGUUAGCGGCGUCUUGGUGUGCGAGGCAGGAUGCAUUUUGGAAAAUCUGGCAACUUUCCUUGACACAAAAGGUUUUGUUAUGCCUCUGGACUUAGGUGCAAAAGGAAGCUGUCAUAUCGGUGGGAAUGUUUCAACUAAUGCUGGUGGUUUACGCCUUAUCCGUUAUGGUUCACUUCAUGGAACCGUAUUGGGUCUAGAAGCUGUCACAGCAAAUGGCAAUGUGCUUGACAUGCUUGGAACUUUACGCAAAGACAAUACUGGGUACGACUUGAAACAUUUGUUUAUCGGUAGUGAAGGAUCACUUGGUAUUGUGACUAAAGUCUCUAUACUCACACAACCAAAGAUGUCUUCUGUAAAUUUAGCCUUUAUCGCUUGCAAAGAUUUUCUCAGCUGCCAGAAACUUCUUGUUGAAGCAAAGAGAAACCUUGGAGAGAUACUGUCCGCGUUCGAGUUUCUUGAUAACAAUUCCAUGGAUUUGGUACUGAACCACCUAGACGGUGUCCGUAAUCCAGUUUCCUCUCCAGAGAACUUUUACAUAUUGAUAGAGACAACGGGAAGUGGUGAAACUUAUGACAGGGAGAAGCUUGAAGCUUUCCUGUUAAAGUCACUGGAAAAAGGAUUAGUUUCUGAUGGUGUAAUCGCUCAAGACAUAAACCAAGCAUCCUCAUUUUGGCGCAUACGAGAGGUACACACUUAGUAUUAUUUCGCCUCGAGAUAUUCGAUGUUACA